GUGAUAUUUAUCAACGCACAAUGUCCAAACUGCAGAUUUUAAGCAUUUUUCUGACAGAGCGAUUAACUUUAGCUGCGCAGGAGAUAUUCAAGGCUGUGGAAGACAUAUUUUCAGAGUAUAAUGAGGAGAUGUGUCGCUCCAGACAGGAGAUUGAGCUGCUCAAGAGGAGACUGCAGCAGGCAGGAGUUCAGAUGGACUCUGAAUUGCAGCCCUGCUCCUCUGAGACUAACACUCAGAAAUACACCCAGGCAUUUUCUGAGGAAUGGAGAUCUGAACAUGACUUGAAGGAUACAGAAAUGCAUAUGAAGCUAGAAGUUUAUACACAGCAGGAGGAGAAUGAAUUGCAAAUACCUGUGUGCCACGAAUCAGCAUCUUUAACACCAUGUAUGGACAUUUAUCAUGAACAGAUGCCCAGCAAAGACACUGAAACACAAAUGAUGGACAGCAGCGAGAAUACUUUUCCAUUUAUUAAUCAAGCACCUCAAAUUAAGAAUGAACCUGAGACUAAUACUGAAAAAGGUACCACCUGUCAGGCACAGCAGCACAUCACAAGACACGUCUUGGAUGAUUCAGGGGCCAGUGAUGCAUCCAGUGAUGUCAGCAAAAUCAAAGUUAGCCACAUUAGCCCCAGACAUAAGACACAAGCAUUUCAUCUGCCCCUCAGAAAUCAAGAGAUGUUGACGCAGCAUAGGAUGGAGCUGGCUCAGAUAAGAGAGAGAUUGGCAGAUGAAGAGCGAAAGAAGGCUGCAGCAAGCGCUAGAACCCAAAAGCACAGGCAGAAAGUGUACGGGAAUCCUGAGCUUCGUGAUGCAUACAGGAAAAAGGAGAGAGAGAGUAAAUUGCAAUCACAGCGGGAAAGAAACAAGAGGAAUAAGAGUGAAAAUGAGGAAAUGCACAGAAUAAAGAAGAUCCGGCACAUUGAAGAAGUGGCACUUGAUAAAGAACAACAACAACAACAACAAAUGCAAUCCAAGACAAACCUGGCUGACAUUUGUUUGGAAGACGUUCAGCAUGAAGAGGAACUGUCUGAAAGUUACCCGCCGCAUCAAGACAUUCACGGAAAUCCACCAGGUACAGGAGAGUAUUUGUGUGUCGUGUGUCGCAGAAGAUUCAGCUCACCGGGUCUGCUGAAAAUUCAUCUGAGAGUUCACUCUGGAGAGAAACCCUACCACUGCAACUUUUGUGGGAAAAACUUUAGACAAUCCAGCCACCUGAACACACAUGUCAGGAUCCACACGGGAGAGAGACCUCACAUAUGUCAGAACUGCGGGAAGACGUUUAUUGACUCGAGUGCAAGAAACAGACACUUCAAAAAAUGUGUUCUUAUCUCUCUGCAGGGACAAUGAAAUCACAAGGAGCACCUUUUGAAGGUCUUUUCUGUUGUUUGCUGAAAUGGAAAUGUCAAGGUAAAUCAUUUUAAGGCUGGAUUUUUUUUUAAUGGUUGUGUAUUAAUUGAUUAUGUCCAAUCCAGUGUCAUUAUAAAAAUGAACCAUUAAAAGAGGUAUGUGUCAUAGUGUGGAGAACAGCUCCUCCUGUCUUUAAAACGAUUUAACCUGUUUUUUCCAUAGAAAUUUCACUUGAACUCUUCGAAGCACUUGCAAUGGUACAUUUUCCACAGCUGGACAAAUAGUGUUUCUUGACAUGUAUGGCUCACAUUUUAACCAUGUAAUGCAGUGUUCAUUUAAUGAGCAAUGAUUCUUUUUCUUGGAACAAGCUGUUCAUGCCCCAAGAUUUUAUCUUGUUUGUUGCUUUUACAUUAUAUUAAAUGUUUAUUAGCUAGCAUA